AUAUAAGGGCGAGGGUCAUCUUUCAGUUUUUGACAUAUUGUUUGGAAGGUACUUUAUAUAAUAAGUAGAUCUCUGGUUGGUUUUCCCUGAUGGAAAAUCGCCAAGAAUGAUUGGUUACAACUGGAAAAGCGCCAAAAAUGUGUAACAUAAAAAAAUAUCAUUAUUGUCCGUGUAAUAUUGAUCAAACGAAAGAAUUUGUAAAACAGUUGAAAGUGCACGAAUAGGUUAAUCCAGAAAGACCACAUACUUUAAAAACCAUUGACAGAGUAGGCCGUUUAUUUAAAAAUGAGAAGAAAAAUGAAUCAAAUGAAAUAACCAAAUUGAAAAUUGCAAGGAGAGGUUUAUAUUUAAGUGACGAAAGACUGUAACCAAGGAGAUGGCAAUUUACAAAGCAAGGAAUGGAAUAUGUAGGUGAAACAGUUAACCAUUACUAUAGUUUGAAGGAUAGACUGGGACAAGGAGCAUUUUCUUGUGUAUUUCUUGGAUACAAUAAGGUGACUGGUGAAAAGAGAGCUUUGAAAGUACCGAAACGAACAGGAGCCGAUAAAGCAACUCAACGGGAAACAGACGCUCUUCUGUCUCUCCGGCAUAAAAAUAUUGUUCAACUAUUUGGCAUUGAAGAUGAGAGAAUUUCAAAUAAAACGGUAAUUGUUAUGGAAUUUUGUUCUGGCGGAAGCUUACAAACCAUGCUACAGGAACCUGAAUACAUGAACGGAUUACCCGAUAUUCUCUUCACAUUGUUAAUAACCCAUUUAGCUUCCGGUUUACAAGAAUUACAUUCCAACGAUUUUGUUCAUCGUGAUAUCAAACCAGCAAAUAUACUCAUUACCAAAUCCGUGCCAAAUAUAACAACCUUUAAAAUAUCUGAUUUUGGAUCUUCAAGACAAAAUCAUUCACAGUACGACGAAGAAAUGUGUCUUUCAUUGGCGGGUACAGAAGAAUAUCUGCACCCAUUACUUUAUAAAGGAGCUUUCAUACAGAAAUCUAGUCAUGUGAAGGUGAACUCGUGUGUUGAUAAAUGGGCAUUAGGGGUAACUUUGUUUCAUGCUGCUACGGGUAAUGUUCCUUUCAAGCCUUAUGGCGGUGCAAGAAGAAAUAGACAAACUAUGUUUUUAAUAAUAAGCCAAAAACCAAGAGGAAAAAUAUGUGGUAUACAGGAAAUGGAAAACGGAAAGAUUCAAUGGAGUUCUGAAUUUCCUACAUCAUGUAACAUAUCGAGUGGUCUAAAGUCUAGAUUGGUACCUUUGAUGUCCGGUCUGUUGGAAGCUAACAACUUACACCAGUGGUCUUAUGAGACCUUCUUCCGGGAAGCAGACAUUCUAGAUAACGCAGUUCCUGUUCAUAUUUUAAACAUAUGUGAUUGCCAAUACUUAACCGUUUAUCUGAAUCAGAGCGCUAGGUUAUCGAUGCUUUAUGAAAUGAUUGCUACUGAAACUGAAAUUGACAGACGUUAUCAAACAAUUUAUUUUGAGAAAACCAAUAUUGAACAUCUCAGCUUGGACACAACGAUAAAAGAUUUACCAGUUACAUCUCGGGAAAAUCCUUUACUGUUAUUUUCCACUAUUGAUGUUGAUAUUUUUGAUUCUUCACGAAUACACAAUGAUAUUUCAACGCUGGACAAUGCAAAUUUGAGAAAUGAGAUGCUUGUAAAGGUUGGCCGUAAAGCAGCUUGUAUCAUAGCUUAUUUGUGCAAUACUGUAGAGGACAUCCAUCGAUCUAAACAAUGUGUUCAAACUUUUCGAUCGGAUUUAAGAAAUAGUAAUGAAAUAAAGUUAAAGGAUUUAAAAAAAGAAUUUGAGUUGUUAACAAUGAUUGCAAAUGAAAGACUUUCUCGAUUAAAACCGUGCAGUUCACAAAUGUUUUCAAUACAAACAGACAGCCCCUUAAGAGCAAGAGGCACACAAAACAGUUCAAUGCAUCAAUCAACCAUGCAGAUCACACAAGUUACAGAAUACAUCCAGGAGAGAAUACAUGAUGUAUCAAGUAUUAUGAAAAGAAUUUCAAAAUCGAAAGAAUUUACGUCUUUAUGUACUGAUGAAUGUAUUGGAACAUUAAAAAGCUAUCUGAAGACCUCAAAAGAUACAUUAUCGGAUAUCCUUAAGUAUUCUGUCGUUCGAGAAAAAACACCACUGGAUUUAGUUCGUAAUAAGAACUUAAGGGAUAGUAUUUUGAAUUUAGUAUACAAAGCUAGAAAUCAUUGGGCAAACCACUGUGACUGUGAUAAGAAAAUAUUCGUGAGCAAUAUCCAAGACAUUUUAAGAAAUGAGCUGAAUUUGAAUGAAAAAUUUCGAGAAUUGUCGAGAAACAUGGAGGAAUUAAAAGAUAUUAUUGCUGAUGGUUCAGGGCAGCCGUUAUGUCGAGAUACAUGCAACCAGAAGAUGUCUAUUAGUUGCUACGAAGAUAUAGAAUCAAUAUUUAAAGAAAAAACGCAAUUAGAAACGGACGGAUUAAUAAAUUCAAGCAAGGAAUCAUUAAACAGAUUCAUGAAGGAAUCCGAUGAUUUUGAAAGCCUUCUAGAAAGUAUGACAACACACGAUUCUUAGUAUAAUUGUAUCUGUAGUGUAUCUUCAGGAAACAGUUUUGGACUCAAAGUGCAACAUACGAAUAUGCCAAUCCACAACAUGUCCUCCUGUGAUUCAUAAGUCUACAUUGUAUAUACAACGGUUGUGUCAAAACAUGUAUGCAUAGUGUUAUGUUUACGAGUUCAAUAACCUAAAAACAUGCAGAUGUAGUCAAUGAAUUAAUAAGAAGCUGAAUUAAUAAGGUGGAUCAUUUGAAAAUAAAGUUAUAUAAAAUGUUUUGAGUAAAACAGCCAAUACUCAUUAGAAUGCUACAACUUUUACGUGAAUCUCACAGACAGAUUUUUUUGAAUUUUAAACUAUAAAAACUGACACAUGUGUUCACAAACAUUUUCUGGAUGUAUAGGAAGAAAAUUAGUUAUAAAACACAUAUCUUUUAGUUUUGCACUUUACACGCAAUAUCAAUGCAGAUACACAUUAUUAUUUAAAUUAUUAUUGGUAACAAACUUUGUGUUCAUUGUAUAGUUCACUGUAAAUAUUUGAAGUAUUUAUUAGAUAUCCUCUCCAUGUAUUUAUUCGUACGUUCAUGUUCAACUUGACUUAUUUGACAUUGGAACAGACAUUGUAGCAUUGUAUUUUUCAUGGACGGUGAUUUCUUACAGGUUGUCAUUACAUUAUGCUGCUGUCAUUGUGUUUGAACUGUGAUAAUUUGAAAUACAACUUCAGAAUUAAAAAAAUUAUGAUAAUAA